AUGUCUCAAACCGAAGAUACAAAGAGACAAGAAGUUGACCUCAACGCUCUUCCCUGGGAUGAGCCACUAGACCCUUACCUUUCCUCUCUUCCUUGGAGUGACCAAGUGGAAAUAGAGGAAAAGCCUUCGGAAGAAAUGGAGGAUGAAGCGCUCACAAACACAGACAAGAUUAAGUUCUUGAUGGAGGAAAAUGAGCGAAAGAGCGCUGAACUAAAAAAGUUGUCAUACCAGCUUCAAGAAAAAGAAGCUAUUAUUGAGGAGAAACAACAGGAUCUCAAUGACAUGGACAAAAAGAACCAGGAGCUCCAAAGAAAGCUUGAUCAAGCUCUGCAACAAAAUAAAAAACUCCUCCAAGAGAAGAAACAAGACGGCAUGAAGAAGAGAGGGCUGCACAGCAAUCUCCGAGACAUGGAGUUAAUGUACAGUGCUGACAAAAAAAGGCUUGAUGACACACUACAAGCAAAUGAGAAGCUUCUUCAAGAGAAAAGGGAACAACAGUUCAAACAAAAAGAAUUGGAUCGCAAGCUUCAGAGCAUCAAGCAACACAGUGAAGGCUUGCAAGGAAAGCUUGAUCAAGCUCUGCAACAAAAUAAAAAACUCAUCCAAGAAAAGAAACAAGAGGACAUGAAGAAAAGAGGGAUGCGCUGCAAUCUCCGAGACAUGGAGCUAAUGUACAGUGUUGACAAAAAAAGGCUUGAUGACACACUGCAAGCAAAUGAGAAGCUUCUUCAAGAGAAAAUGGAACAAGAGAUCAAACAAAAAGAAAUGGAUUGCAAGCUUCAGAGCAUCGAGCAACACAAUCAAAGCUUGCAAGGAAAGCUUGAUGAAGCUGUGCGACAAAAUAAAGAAAUCCUCCAAGAGAAAGAGCAGCUGGACAGAAAGCAGGGAGACAUGGAGUGCCAUCUCCAGCACAUGGAGGGAAAAGAAAGGAUGCUGCAGGUAAAGUCUGAUGAGACACUGCACAAAUAUCAAGAGCUGCUUGAAGAGAAAGAACAGCUGGCCAUUAAGCAGAGAGGAGAAAAACUUCUUCUCCAGGAGUUUGAGAGGAAAAACCAAAAUCUGCAGGAACUUUACAACAAAAUGAAGUUCAAAGCAUCUGAGCUGGAAGGAGAAAAUGAACAACUGCAAAAACAGGAGGCAACAUCUAAAGUGCUGAAAGAAAGGUUGGAAGAAAAACAAGCCGAAAUAGAAGAAGUGGAGAAAAAAUACAAUACGCUGCAGAAGCAAAAUACAGAAAUAAUCGAGGAGUUGAAAAUCCUCAUCCUCGAGAAAAAGGUGCUCGUGGAAAAGCAGCUGGAAAAAAAGAAAAAACGCUUCCGCUUCUUCCGGAGGAAGAACACUCCUUCUUUCACUACUGCCGAUGUCACCUCAUCUUCCUCCACCUCCGUCAGGAAUCAGGUCACUGUAUCCAGACCCAACAUGUCUCAAACCGAAGAUACAAAGAGACAAGAAGUUGACCUCAACGCUCUUCCCUGGGAUGAGCCACUAGACCCUUACCUUUCCUCUCUUCCUUGGAGUGACCAAGUGGAAAUAGAGGAAAAGCCUUCGGAAGAAAUGGAGGAUGAAGCGCUCACAAACACAGACAAGAUUAAGUUCUUGAUGGAGGAAAAUGAGCGAAAGAGCGCUGAACUAAAAAAGUUGUCAUACCAGCUUCAAGAAAAAGAAGCUAUUAUUGAGGAGAAACAACAGGAUCUCAAUGACAUGGACAAAAAGAACCAGGAGCUCCAAAGAAAGCUUGAUCAAGCUCUGCAACAAAAUAAAAAACUCCUCCAAGAGAAGAAACAAGACGGCAUGAAGAAGAGAGGGCUGCACAGCAAUCUCCGAGACAUGGAGUUAAUGUACAGUGCUGACAAAAAAAGGCUUGAUGACACACUACAAGCAAAUGAGAAGCUUCUUCAAGAGAAAAGGGAACAACAGUUCAAACAAAAAGAAUUGGAUCGCAAGCUUCAGAGCAUCAAGCAACACAGUGAAGGCUUGCAAGGAAAGCUUGAUCAAGCUCUGCAACAAAAUAAAAAACUCAUCCAAGAAAAGAAACAAGAGGACAUGAAGAAAAGAGGGAUGCGCUGCAAUCUCCGAGACAUGGAGCUAAUGUACAGUGUUGACAAAAAAAGGCUUGAUGACACACUGCAAGCAAAUGAGAAGCUUCUUCAAGAGAAAAUGGAACAAGAGAUCAAACAAAAAGAAAUGGAUUGCAAGCUUCAGAGCAUCGAGCAACACAAUCAAAGCUUGCAAGGAAAGCUUGAUGAAGCUGUGCGACAAAAUAAAGAAAUCCUCCAAGAGAAAGAGCAGCUGGACAGAAAGCAGGGAGACAUGGAGUGCCAUCUCCAGCACAUGGAGGGAAAAGAAAGGAUGCUGCAGGUAAAGUCUGAUGAGACACUGCACAAAUAUCAAGAGCUGCUUGAAGAGAAAGAACAGCUGGCCAUUAAGCAGAGAGGAGAAAAACUUCUUCUCCAGGAGUUUGAGAGGAAAAACCAAAAUCUGCAGGAACUUUACAACAAAAUGAAGUUCAAAGCAUCUGAGCUGGAAGGAGAAAAUGAACAACUGCAAAAACAGGAGGCAACAUCUAAAGUGCUGAAAGAAAGACCCAACAUGUCUCAAACCGCAGAUACAAAGAGACAAGAAGUUGACCUCAACGCUCUUCCCUGGGAUGAGCCACUAGACCCUUACCUUUCCUCUCUUCCUUGGAGUGACCAAGUGGAAAUAGAGGAAAAGCGUUCGGAAGAAAUGGAGGAUGAAGCGCUCACAAACACAGACAAGAUUAAGUUCUUGAUGGAGGAAAAUGAGCGAAAGAGCGCUGAACUAAAAAAGUUGUCAUACCAGCUUCAAGAAAAAGAAGCUAUUAUUGAGGAGAAACAACAGGAUCUCCAUGACAUGGACAAAAAGAACCAGGAGCUCCAAGCAAAGCUUGAUCAAGCUCUGCAACAAAAUAAAAAACUCCUCCAAGAGAAGAAACAAGACGGCAUGAAGAAGAGAGGGCUGCACAGCAAUCUCCGAGACAUGGAGCAAAUGUACAGUGUAGACAAAAAAAGGCUUGAUGACACACUACAAGCAAAUGAGAAGCUUCUUCAAGAGAAAAGGGAACAACAGUUCAAACAAAAAGAAUUGGAUCGCAAGCUUCAGAGCAUCAAGCAACACAGUGAAGGCUUGCAAGGAAAGCUUGAUCAAGCUCUGCAACAAAAUAAAAAACUCAUCCAAGAAAAGAAACAAGACGGCAUGAAGAAGAGAGGGCUGCACAGCAAUCUCCGAGACAUGGAGCAAAUGUACAGUGUAGACAAAAAAAGGCUUGAUGACACACUACAAGCAAAUGAGAAGCUUCUUCAAGAGAAAAGGGAACAACAGUUCAAACAAAAAGAAUUGGAUCGCAAGCUUCAGAGCAUCAAGCAACACAGUGAAGGCUUGCAAGGAAAGCUUGAUCAAGCUCUGCAACAAAAUAAAAAACUCAUCCAAGAAAAGAAACAAGAGGACAUGAAGAAAAGAGGGAUGCGCUGCAAUCUCCGAGACAUGGAGCUAAUGUACAGUGUUGACAAAAAAAGGCUUGAUGACACACUGCAAGCAAAUGAGAAGCUUCUUCAAGAGAAAAUGGAACAAGAGAGCAAGCAAAAAGAAAUGGAUUGCAAGCUUCAGAGCAUCGAGCAACACAAUCAAAGCUUGCAAGGAAAGCUUGAUGAAGCUGUGCGACAAAAUAAAGAAAUCCUCCAAGAGAAAGAGCAGCUGGACAGAAAGCAGGGAGACAUGGAGUGCCAACUCCAGCACAUGGAGGGAAAAGAAAGGAUGCUGCAGGUAAAGUCUGAUGAGACACUGCACAAAUAUCAAGAGCUGCUUGAAGAGAAAGAACAGCUGGCCAUUAAGCAGAGAGGAGAAAAACUUCUUCUCCAGGAGUUUGAGAGGAAAAACCAAAAUCUGCAGGAACUUUACAACAAAAUGAAGUUCAAAGCAUCUGAGCUGGAAGGAGAAAAUGAACAACUGCAAAAACAGGAGGCAACAUCUAAAGUGCUGAAAGAAAGGUUGGAAGAAAAACAAGCCGAAAUAGAAGAAGUAGAGAAAAAAUGCAAUACGCUGCAGAAGCAAAAUACAGAAAUAAUCGAGGAGUUGAAAAUCCUCAUCCUCGAGAAAAAGGUGCUCGUGGAAAAGCAGCUGGAAAAAAAGAAAAAACGCUUCCGCUUCUUCCGGAGGAAGAACACUUCUUCUUCCACUACUGCCGAUGUCACCUCAUCUUCCUCCACCUCCGUUCCAGUUUAA